GACUCAAUCCUCGCCUGGAUACGAGAAAGCGUCUCCUCUCGGUCGCUACGGAGGGAGGGAUGGUUGUGUACAGUUAGAAAACACUUCUGUGCACUUUACUCGGGUGUUUGGACGACUUACUAUAAUGGCAGUGCAUGAGAAACGGAGCGCACUUUUGUCGAGAAGGACUUUAUCAAGUUUUAACGUUUGCAUUUCCAUGUUACGGAGCUAGUCACACAUCUUAGCAUGACGGAUAAAGAUUAGUUAGCAUGCUACUGAGCUAGCAGCACUGCCCGAGUCUCACAGCGACCACACCUGCCGGUGACAGGUAAGAAAUCCCGCUCUACUCUGUCAUCUGAACUGAAUCAGUACCACCAGUUAUGGAUUUAGAUUUUAACUGUCAAACUCCGUGUUUUUAAUGUUGCGUAAUGCUCCCCAGCCCAGUUCAUAACAGGUGUUUUCGAGCGACUAAUUCCUUGUGACGGUAAUGAUGCGGCUGUAAUAGGAUUUGAACCCGCUCCUUCCUGUCGAUUUGUUUGAGGAGUACGCUGAGAUAACGAGAGAGGCUUUGUUAUGUGAGUGUGUGUGAUAGAGAAAGUCGUGUUUGCGUGUGAACGUGUGGUCUAAUCCCUCUGAAUACAGGUUUGUCUUUCUCUUAUGCAAGGAAAGAUACUAUACAUGUGAGUGGAUGUUUACAUGAGUGAGCCCCUAAAUCAGGGGUGUCAAACUCAACCACAACAAGGGCCAUAAUCUGGAUUUAGGUCUAACCUGAGGGCCAAACAGGGACAACAUUUCACCAAAACUGUCAACCUCCUUAUCAAAAAAUAUGCAAAACACAAACAGCAAUGAUUAUAUAUAAUUUGGAAACUCAAAAAAAGAUUAAAAAAAGAUAAGUUUAAAGGCAAUCUGAGAUAGAAACAUUUUGUUUUUUAUUCUAUUUUUAUUUAUUAGUUCAAAAGAUCAGAGCACGAUAUUCAAAGUAGAAAAAUAAUGCUUUUAAAGAGCAAAUACAUGAGCAGAAUGUUGAAAUCAGGUUUAAAAGGUCAAAAUAUGACUUAAAAUUUAUAAUUGGAAUCUAAGGUAUAAAAAUGAAACAAGUCUAAAUACCGAGUUGAACAAAAUCAAAGCAUGAAAUAAAAAACCCAAUCAUGUUUGACUUGUAAUCUUGAAACGCAAAAUUGAAAACAUGAAACAAAACACCAAAUAUUUUCUCCCCCACAUUCUUGACUACCUAUCAAAUCUUCCUUACUCUUUAAUUUCCCAGAUUUUUGUGGUUUAUUAAGGACAUUUUAAAUAAUGGAACUAAAGUUUACAUUAUUACACUGGAGGAAAUCUGCAGACCUCAUACUGGUGGGCCAAUACUAAUACAAAUAUGAGAUGAUCUUGUGGGCCAGAUAUAAUUGUUCCCCGGGCCUUGAGUUUGACACCUGUGCCCUAAAGUCUUUAAAGCACUGUUUGAUUGUUAGGUAAUGGAAAUCAAUAGAACACAAUCCUGCUAUAUAAUAUAAGAUAAAACAUUAGCAGCAAGUGAAGCCUCUUAGCUUCUUAAUUCACAGUUAUAGUACUAUGUUAAGUAUUAAUGACUGAGAACAAUCGAUGCAUUGUUGAUUUCUUUAUGUUCAAUGUGUGCCAUUAUAUUGUGUGACAGAAAAUGCUUGAUUUAUUGUGGUAUAACAUCCCCGCUCACUGACCUAGAGUGUAGAAAAUUGCCUCCAUGAUCUGCGUCCCAGCUUCUAAGGCGUUGUUUUUUCUGUGUGUCAGUGUGGUUAAAGGAUCCUGGCAGAGAUGGGCAAACUACAGAGCAAGUUUCGCAAGCGGUCUGAGCUCUACAGGUAAGAUGUGUGCAACAGCUUGACCUUUAAUGCACUACUUACUAAUUAUAACCGGGUUAGAGAGGCCACACAAUAUGUUGUCUUCAGUUUUAGACAGGUCCAGUUUGACAAAGUUGUGUACAGAGGAAAGAGUGUGGAUUUAACUCAAGUUGUAAAACAUUUGGGAACACACUUUGCUGUCUAAAAAGUUUACUACGUUGGGAUGAGAUCAGCAGAUACCAGUAACAUGAAGUUAAUUAUAUUGCUUACAGUAAAAGGAUAACACUUGUUCAUAUAUUACAUUCAAAUUCAACUUUAUUUUUAUUUAUAUUUUUCUAAAUACAACAAUUAACAAUAAAAAUCAGAGUCGUUCCUGCUCACUUCUGUAAGUUGCUGCAGAAGUAAACAGAAUUACCGAACGGGAAGCUAAACGCGGAGCUGAGGGCAGCAAAAUAGAUGUCAGCCGUUACUUUGAGUCAUCCUCCGAAGAUGUUAUUGUUGAGAAAGAAAAUUAUUCAACGUCGGUUGUGUGGCAGUUCGGGAAUUUUCCAAAGUGACGUCAAGAAAUCAUGCCGAUGUGUAAGGUAUGUCGGUGCCCUCAAAAACCGGCAACACAACAGAUCUGUUUAAUAAAAUGUUGAACUAAUCUCUUCUUCAGUUUUUAGUAAAGAUGCAUUAAAACUGGCAGUUUAAAAACAAAUCAUGAAAAUAAUCGAGAUCGGACGAUAUGAAAACAUAUAUCGUGAUCAUUUUUUUUGCCAAAUCGCCCAGGCCUACCGAGACAUUGCGUAAGGAAAGAGCUACCUUUGGGAAACACUGGAGAUAAAAGAUAAAAAUAAAAGAUAAAAAAUAAAAUAAAAUGGUAAAAAAAAAGACAAAAACGUGAUGGACUAAAACAAGAAAAUAAUAUUAAAUUAACAAAUAAGUAAGAGCUCUUUACCAUGUAAAAGGAAGUAAAAACCUCUAAGACAGGAAUUACCAAAAAGGCUAAGAACAGAGAUAAUUGAUAAAAUGACAUAAAAUAAACAUUCAGAACUUUGAUUAAAAUGAACAUUUGCAAUAAGAGAAAUAUAAAAAGGCAAUCAGUGAAAAGCCUGGUUAAAACGGUGAGUCUUGAGCCUCUUCUUAAAAACAUCAACAGUCUCUGCGGCCAUGAGGCUCUCUCAUAUGAUUAAUGUAUGCCAUAUGUUGUUAGCAGCAUGAAUGAGUGAAUUAACUGACUCAUAAAAAGUGCUUGAACUGUCUUAAAAUCUUUUUUUAAAUAGUUGUUCUGUUUGUUUUGUUUUAGGGCGUCUCAGGGGGAGAAGGCUGAUAACAGUUAUGAUAGUCAGGUGGUUCAGUACAAUCCUGCACAUCAAGGGUCCGUCAACACUGUCACCAAUCUGAGCCAGGAUCUGUGUGUUUCUGGUGGGAGUGACCAGGUAAAGUAUUGAUGUUUAAUCACAGUGUUUAUUUUCUUUUGUUUUUUUACUCUGGUUUUCUCAUGAGUAAAUAAAUCAGUGUAAUAGUGGUUCAAUCCUCCACUGAGAGCUCUUUUAAUGCAUAAAAAGAUCAGUUUAGCCGUUUAAGGAAAGUUGAAAUAAUAAAUUCUGUGACUAAUAAAUAAACAUAUGAUUAACUGCAUUCUUGUGUGUUUAUUUGUGUGUCUCUGUAGACCGUGGUGGUGUAUGACUGGAAGCAAGGCCAGAUGUGUCAGUCCUUCCAGGGUCACAACCGAGAGGUUACCAAGGUAACAUCAAUGCUUAUCAAUGAAAUGAUCCUGUUGGAAGUACAAAUCUGCAUCCUUUUGUCUUGUGCCUCUGCGUGUGUUUUACAGGUGCUGUGUUAUCCAGGUAGUACGUGGAUCUUUAGUGCCUCACGGGACAAGACUGUUCUGAUGUGGGACCUAAACCAGGGGGAUGAGCCUAUACAAGAAUUCUGUGGCCAUGAGCUUGUGGUCAAUGGAGUAGCUGUCAGCCCUGGUAUGCACUCCUACAUCCUUCAGAGUUUCAUUCCUCUGCUCUGAUUAAAUAUUUGAAAAGCUAGAGUAUUUAUCUAUUUCCAGAUGUGUCACUGACUAAUUCUCGACUGACUGGAUAGUGUUGAUAUCAAAAAUAUGUCAAAAAAAUGACAAAACUUUAUGUCUUUUUUUUUUUUUAACUUUAAUUGUAUAAAUGAUAAAACUGUUGGUUUUUUUGUUCUUUCUCAGACUGAAAACCAUUCUUUGGUGUAUUUCUAAAUACAAUAAUGUAGAGGCAGGGAUAUGUUUUUUUACUUGUCACUCGGGGUAAUGGGUGUGUAGUAGUGGGCGUGGAGUUGUAUGUGUGUAGGGAUGGAGUUUUGUGUGUGUGGGUGUGUCUCUGGGGCUGACUGAUUGUCUAAUGGAUGUCAUCUGUUCCUGCCUGUGAAUUGUGCACUUGGAUCAGAGAGAGAGAAGGCAGGGGCUGAUAUUUCUGUUGACCUGGAAAGCCAUUUUUUUCCAUCAGAUAGUCAAAAUCUGCAAGUACAUCUAUAUUAGAUACAUAUUCGAAAGUUUGAUUAAUUGAAAGGGAAAAUGAAUAUCUUCAAUCUGCAGUAAAGACUUCAUGUUUCCUUCUUGGAUUCAGACGGAUCCCUGUAUUCCCCUCUCAGUGACUAAUUUAGUUUUGAUAGUCACAAUAAUACAAUACAAGAACUUUAUUGAUCCCCAAAGGGAAAUUCAUUAUAUCAUGUAUAUUUUGUGGGAGUAUAUUUCAACGAGUUCUGCUUUUUCUUUCACACUGCUGUUGUAACUUUAUGCAGGCCUCUAUUAUUGAUCUCCAAACAUGUGGACCUGAUUUUACUUUGGUUUCCAGAUGGGAGAAAGCUGUGUACCGGCUCUCGUGACAACUGGAUGUGCCUGUGGGAUAUAGAAUCGGCAAAAUGUGAACACAGACACAACAUUUCUCGAAACCUGGUGAGAAGGAUAAUAUGUACUUUAAAAUGUACAAAACCCUGUAUAAAUACUUGUUAAACUAUGAUGGAUGUACCAGAAAUCAGUGAGCAGUUUAAUCUGACUUUAUAAAUACAUUUUAAACUUUGCAGGUAACUCAUGUGUGUUGGGUGCCAGGCAGCUUCUCUGUAGUCCAGACCUCUGAAGACAAGACCAUAAGGUAAGGAGAUCAGCUUGUUGAUGAUGUAUAAGAUGUUGGCUGUCAUACUGUAAAAUAUCUACAAUGAAAAACAUGUUAUUAGCUCCCCUACAAUUAAAAGCAGUCUCGGGAUGUUACUUAUUUAAUUAUAAGUACUGAUAUAAACAUGCAGUGGAGACUCAGAGCUCUCAAUGAGACACAAGAGUAGAGAGAAAUCUGUUCCAGUCAUCCCAGUAGUCAGUGAACGAACUGUUUAUAAGUCAUUUGUGAGUUCAAGGCCCAGUUUUGCUCUAACAGGAAAGUUGUUACAGUUGUUGCUCUGUAACUCCAUCGCUGGUACCUAAUGUCUUACCUUUUCAGUCAGCCUCUUCCAAUGGUGAACUGUCAGUGCUUUUUAUGUAGCAAACUCUUCUAAGAAAACCUGACAGGCUACUUAUACCAAGACAUUAAUUAGUGCUCAAGCAAAAGUCUAUAGUGUUGUGAGAUACUGGCCCCUGAGAGAUUUGCUUUUGCAUUCAGUAGCCAGUUGUUAUUCCCAAGGGGGUAUCAGAUCUUGGGAUUUUAAAGUAUUGUGGCUCAUGAGUGAUGGGAGAAUUAGACUUAACAUGACUCAGUAGAGCCUGUUAUUUAGAGUCUUGUAAUUUCAGCUCUAUGUUGUCGAAAUUAUUAGAUUUUCUCAGUCUAGCACAUCUAAAUAGUGAACUAACAGAUCCUUAAUCCUAAUCUCUGAUUUUACUUAAAUCAGUCUCAUCUGUGUAAUAGCAAUGACCACAUCUAGACAGAAUUUUUAAGAUGAUGCUAACCCACCAAAACACUGUAAAUAUCACACAUCACUUCAUGAUCUUGGUUUAGCGUUAACAGUAUACUGCUCAUGUUUGUGCUCAGGGUGUGGGACAGCCGGGCAUGGCAGGUGACCAACACCUUCCCAGCCAAGCAAUACAUCCAGACCCACUGUGAUGUGUCCCCGAAUGGAAACUACCUGGUGUCCAGCAGCAACGGCUUUGGAGGCCAAGGCUGUGAGGCCACGGUGAGAACACUGGAGGUGUUAGUGUGGAUGUUGGCUCUGUCAGUGUCAGCACAGAUUAGGAAGCGAUACGGCUGUCCAACAAGUUUUGAGAAAAAAUAUUUUUGUGUGGUCGUCGUGUAAAGUCCGAUGAAGUGGAAGGGUAAUUUCAAACUCAACUAGUACUUUGUUUAAUUUUUUUGUGAAUUUAUCUGCUCAACAAAACAACACUUCAAAAUCACUCUCGCACAGAUGGCUUGCAACCCCAGCAUUGUUUCUUUCGUUCCACUGGUUUGUCAGAUAAGAUGCCCAUCAGUCACAGAUAACAGUUGAUGUAUAAUUACAUUUUGAUAUAAAACAACCUUUUUGUUUUGGAAGUGUCACAUUUUUUGUCUAUUCUGAUGCAUAUUUUCUCUAAGUUACAUUGCAAAUGGUAUACAGAAAUCCUAGAGUGUUUUCUUUUACUAUUAUUAAUAAGAUCUAAGUGGACAGAUGAUGUCAGUCCUUAGUGGAGUUGUGUUCAUGUUACAAGCUCUGGGACCUGCGUCAGCCCGGCUGUAAAGUGGUGGAGUACAGAGGCCAUAUCCAGACCACCGCCUGCUGUAUGUUCAUGCCUACUUCUCCUGGUGGCACAGCUCGGGUAGCUACAUCCUCCCACGAUGGCGCUAUCAAAAUCUGGGAUCAGACCACAGCAGGUAAUAUCAUCUCAUGGUGAUCUGGCUCAGUAAGAAAUGAACCAAUCUUGAAGAAUUGAAAGUUAACCCUGAAGCGACCUUGAUAAGUGUAAAUCCUGCUUCAUAGUGUACUCCCACUUAAUCUGAACUUUCUUUUAUUGGGGGAUUAAAUGAUUUUGUAUUUAUCGUGUUGUAGCAGCAGAUAGUUUGGUCCGAACUCUUCUCACAGGUGAAUUUCAGUAAGGUUGAACUGUUAUUAAGAUGUGAUACACAGUCCUUCAGUUCUUUGGCAUGUGUUCAAAUAUACAGACAUCAUUUACACUAACUCUUCUUCAACCGUCUCUCUUUUAUCCUCUUUCAGCAUGUUUAGGGACGCUAUCUUUGGAUGGUGCGGGUCCUCUGGUUUCAUUGGUUCCUACCGACUCCAGCUCUCUGCUUUGUGCAAGCUUUAACUCCGGCCUCCACUAUAUCCAGAUUGACCAGGGUUCAAACCAGGCCCAGGGUUCAGGAGCAGGUUCAGGUGGUACCGGUGGCUUGGAUAUAAAAGUUGUGGCACGCUUCUAAUACCCGGAAAGAGCUUAAAGCAGCUUAUAGUCCUGCUGAAUGUAAACAUCCAUUGACUCUACAAGCAGCAUGGCUGGAUGCAGGCAGCACGUCCACUUUGUGGUUGUUUUUACUCUUUUUGUAUAUUUUUAGUGACAUUUUUGUGCUACUAGACUGCCAUACGGUGAAGAGUGACAGCAGAAUUCAGCUUCUUUGCAGCUGAGCAACCUGAAUGGUGACCAUAGCCAUUCUCCAGCCCUCAGAGUAGAAGAAACUAUCAACUGAUGAGGCUAUAAAUGAAAAAGGAUCCUACUUGGGUUGCAGCCUUUUGGACCAAGAAAGAGCCAGGAGGUAUUCUCUGAUUUUUAGCAGCUGUUCCAGAGCAGAAAAAAGCCAUUUGGUAACUUUCAGCACUAAAGUUAUGUUCAUUUAUACCUGGAUAAUAUUAAUAGAUGCACUUAGACUUGCAUUGAUUGGUCGACCAGCAGUCAGAACGCUGUGAAAAUAGUUUUCAUCACUGAAAUAGAGUUAUAAGAGAUAUAAGUAUGCCAAUAAUAAACCAAGUAGACUUUAGACCAAAUACACUCCGACGCAGGAAUGAAAAAAAAAUGACUUUGUAAGUUUAGACUUGAAUUGGAACGUUAAUAAAAUACUUGUUCUAUUUUUCUAACUGACGCUGUUUAGCUGAUUGCCUAGUGCCGAUACCCACUGUAUUUAAUACUGAAGGUUACUAUGCAAAGUACAAAGUAUUUUCCUUUUUAACGCAAAUAUUGUUAUAUUGUAAUAAAUUUGAUUAAGAAUCAUUAAAUCUGCCUGCAGUUAGUUGCUUUGGAUACAGUUGGUUCAGCAUUGAUUCAUUUUACAGGAUUGAUCAAUGAGACGGUCACUUUGUUAAAAUAACAUGUACCUGUGUAACUGUUGCCUUUUCUUAUGCAGCAAAAUACUGAUGGGUGGAUAAAUUUAGUCUUACAUUCAAAUUUGAUCUUGUUGUCAGGCAGAAAGUGUUGUUAGGAUACGUUAAGUCCUCAUAGUUUUAUCGUCAAAUUUAAAUUUCAAGUUUUGUGCAACCCAGAGGAACAAAAACAGAAAAACGGGAGGGCAGCAAAUGGAUCAGGGUAGCUAGAACAGGUGAAAUAGUGAUUCAAAUGCAAAAGUAUAAACAGGUUUAAUAUUUAGAAAGCACUGACUCCUCUUAACACGUUCGAUUUCUAUGUUAAAAAGUCACGAUUUGUACGUGUUUAAUUCAAUUGAAUCAAGCAGGUAUCUUUCAUACACAACUUGUGUUCUUACUAAAUAUGAUUUUCUUCCUCUUAUGAGAAAGUUUACCCUUCAAGUUAUCGUCCUAGUUGUCCCAAAUUAUGAAUUGUAACUUGAAUCUUUGGCCUCCUUGCCUGUUUGAGAACACUUUUGACUAGGACUACUCCUGUCCUAUUAUUUUGUUAAUCCAUACAUGUCCAGAUGGACUCACCGGAUACCUUUAAUCUGUUUUAGGUAUUUGUUAGGUUAAAAUGUUGAUGAUAGUUCAGUGCCACCUAGUGUCCUCACUCAAUAUUUAUCAUCAGCUGCUUUAAGAAGGACAGAAUCCAAACUUUUCAUGAGAGUAACUCAUUUGAUAAGAAAAACGAAUUAAAUAUUGAGAUAAUUCUAGAUGCUUCGACAGAUGUAUUCAUAGUUGUAAGAGAUACUACAUCGGCACAUCAUCAAUGAAUCAAAAACACAAGUUUGUCAUAGCGUGGUGUUAAAUUUAUUCAAAUCUGGACCUCAUUUUCACUUUCACCACAAGAAAACAGAGUUCUGA